GAUGACAGAGUGGUCCUGGUUUCUGAACUGAAGGAUAAAGCAGAGCGAACUAAGCGUCAGUCUUCUGCUAUUUUUAACGUGGUCAACUCUAUCAUUGGGUCAGGCAUAAUAGGCCUGCCCUACUCAAUGAAGCAAGCUGGCUUUCCUCUAGGGAUCCUGCUUUUAUUGUGGGUUUCAUAUGUUACAGACUUUUCCCUUAUUUUAUUGAUAAAAGGAGGAAUUCUGUCUGGUGCACACAGUUAUCAGUCUUUGGUCAAUAAGACAUUUGGUUUUGCAGGAUAUCUAGUCCUAUCAGCUCUGCAAUUUCUCUAUCCCUUUAUUGCUAUGAUCAGUUACAACAUCAUAACAGGAGAUACACUAAGCAAAGUUUUUCAAAGACUCCCUGGAGUUGAUCCUGGUAACUUUUUUAUUGGUCGUCACUGCAUUAUUGUGCUUGCCACAGUUGUCUUUGCCCUUCCUUUAUCCCUGUACCGUGAUAUAGCAAAGCUGGGAAAGGUAUCCCUCAUUUCCUCAAUUUUAACAACGCUAAUUUUGAUCAUUGUAAUUGUAAGAAUGGUUACAUUGGAUCUUUACAUCCCCCAAACAGAAGACACCUGGGUAUUUGCAAAGUCAAAUGCGGUCCAAGCGGCCGGAGUCAUAUCUUUCGCUUUCAUCUGUCAUCAUAAUAGCUUUUUAGUUUAUGGAUCUCUAGAAGAACCAACAAUAGCUAAGUGGACCCAGGUCAUUCACGUGUCAGUCUUGGUAUCUGCAUUUAUCAGUAUGCUGUUUGCUACCUGUGGGUACCUGACAUUUACCGGUUAUACCCAAGGAGAUUUACUUGAAAACUAUUGCAGAAAUGAUGACCUUGUUACGUUUGGAAGGUUUUGUUAUGGAAUCACUGUCAUUUUGACUUAUCCAAUUGAAUGUUUUGUGACCAGAGAGGUAAUUUCCACUGUGUGUUUUGGUGGGAACCUGACAACAGUUUUCCAUAUUGCAGUGACGGUGGCUAUUGUUGCCGGGGCCACCAUCAUAUCUUUGGCGAUCGAUUGCCUGGGAAUAGUAUUAGAGCUCAGUGGUGUCCUCUGUGCUGCUCCACUUAUUUUUAUCAUCCCAUCAGCCUGUUAUCUCAAGCUCUCUGAAGAGCGAUGGAACCACUUUGAUAAGAUUAUGUCCUAUCUGAUGCUCAUUGUUGGUGCCAUAAUGAUGGGAGUUGGAUUCAUUAUGGUUGUCAUGCAUCCUCAGGACUGCAGCCAUGGGAAAGAAAUGUUUUAUUGCUCAUCAGAAAACUCCUCUUUUCCUAAUAUAUCAUUUUCUCAUUUUCAGCCAACAAAGCCUUCAGUCUUAAACAUGAGUGCCUUCCAAUGAGUUGACUGCUGAUAUAAAUGUUAGAGAGUCUUGUUUUCAAGUAGCCCAAACUUUUAAACUCUCAA